AAAAAUUGAUCAUUGCUUUGCCUCAUCAAUUCUUGGUUAAUAGCUAUGGGCAGAAGUUGCAAUCUUGUGUUUGGUCUUGCUGUUUUCAUUCUGCUUCAUUACCAUACAUCAUUGGCUAUUGUUCCCAGUAUUAGCACAGAUAAAGAUGCUCUUCUUGCCUUGAAAUCUCACAUUUCUUCUUCUGAUCCUAAUGAUAAAAUCAUAGCAAGCAACUGGUCGUCCUCCAGCCCGGUUUGCAGCUGGAUUGGCAUCACUUGUAGCUCGCGCCACAAUAGAGUCACAGCUUUAGACAUUUCUAGCAUGCAACUUUAUGGUACCGUUCCUCCACACGUUGGAAACCUCUCAUUUCUUGUUUCCCUUGACAUCAGUAACAACAAUUUUCAUGGAAAGUUGCCAGAAGAGUUGUCUCAUUUGCAGAGGUUGAAGUUUUUUAUUGUCGAAAGCAAUAACUUUACUGGUGUCAUUCCAUCAUUCAUAAGUCUGUUACCAAACCUUCGCAUUCUGCGCCUUUCUAGCAACCAAUUUCACGGGAAAAUUCCACCUUCCCUUUCCAAUCUAACAAAACUAGAAGGAUUGAGCGUGGCGCACAAUUUUCUUGAAGGAAAGAUCCCUCAAGAACUCGGUGAUCUUCGUUACAUGACUAUUCUAGACCUACAACAAAACCAGCUUACUGGCUCUAUACCUCCAUCAAUCUUUAACAUUACCACAAUGCAGAUCAUUACUCUUUUCGAAAACAAUGUUGCUGGUAAUCUUCCAACAACUAUAUGUGAAAAUCUUCCAAACUUGGAAGUUCUUCACAUCCCAGAAAACAACCUAGACGGUGUUAUUCCACCAAACCUAGGAAAGUGCAGAAAGCUUCAAAUCUUGUCAUUGUCUGACAAUAAGUUCACUGGAACUGUACCAAAAGAGUUAGCCAACUUAAAAGAUCUUACAGAAUUAAUUCUUGGAUCUCAGCACUUGCAAGGAGAGAUACCAGCGGAGCUAGGUAAUCUUAAGAAACUUCGGUUGCUGGGAUUAAACAAGAAUGAGUUUACGGGUUCUAUCCCUACAAACAUUUUCAACAUUUCAGCACUGGAGAUCUUAGAUCUUUCUGAAAACAGGCUUUCAGGUCGUCUACCAUCCGAUUUUGGCCGUGGAAUUCCCAGCUUAGAAGGAUUUUCUUGCAGAUCGAAUAAUCUGAGUGGUUCUAUCUCUGCUUCAAUCUCAAAUUCUUCAAGACUCAGAACACUUGAUCUCUCGUACAACAGUUUCACAGGAGAGAUACCGGCGGAGCUAGGUAAUCUUAAGAAUCUACAGUAUCUGGAUUUAACUGUAAACGAGUUUACUAGUUCUAUCCCGACAAGCAUUUUCAACAUAUCGACACUGAUGGUCCUUGGACUUGGAGUAAAUAGGCUUUCAGGUACUCUACCUUCAGAUUUAGGCCGUAAAAUGCCCAGCCUAGAAGAUCUUCUUUGUGGUGAUAAUAAUCUGAGUGGUUUUAUCUCUGCUACUAUCUCAAAUUCUUCAAGACUCAGAAAACUUGAUCUCACACUCAACAGAUUCACAGGUCCAAUUCCUGAAUCUCUUGGUAACUUAGAAUACCUUGAGGUUUUGGCCUUGGGGGCGAAUAAUUUUUCCAGCGAUUCAACAUUGAGCUUCCUAACACCUUUGACAAAUUGUAGGAAACUGAGAUCUCUCAGGUUCUCUGACAAUCCGUUUGAUGGUGUUUUACCUCCAUCAGUUGGGAAUUUCUCUAACUCUCUGCAGAUUCUUGAUGGACAAGGUUGUAAACUGAAGGGCUUCAUUCCUGAAGAAAUUGGUAAUGUUACUGGAAUGACAAGGAUGAGUCUAUUUAACAAUGAGUUGAGUGGAUAUAUUCCAAAAACCAUCGAACGCAUGCUGAAACUUCAAGAAAUUUACCUACAUAAAAACAAGAUUGGAGGAACCAUACCAGAUGUUAUCUGCAAUUUACAGAAUCUUGGUGAAUUAGACCUAUCGGGAAAUCAGAUUACCGGUUCAGUGCCACCAUGCUUAGGGACCAUUACCAGCUUAAGGAAACUUAAUCUGGCUUACAACAGGCUGAAUUCGAGAUUACCUGCAAGCUUGGGAAGCCUUCGAGAUAUCAUAGAAUUCAAUGUUUCGUCCAAUUUAUUAAGUGGGCAAAUUCCUCUGGAGAUUGGAAAUUUAAAGGCUGCCACACUCAUUGAACUGUCAAAAAAUAAUUUCUCAGGUAAUAUCCCAAGCUCUAUAGGAGGUCUAGAUAGAUUGACCAAUUUUUCUUUAGCACACAAUAAAUUAGAUGGUCCUAUUCCAGAUUCAUUAGGGAAAAUUCUUGCCUUGGAAUUCUUGGAUUUGUCCUUUAACAAUCUUAGUGGUGAGAUUCCAAAGUCAUUAGAAGAUCUUGUGUAUAUUAAACAACUGAACAUCUCAUUCAAUAAACUUAGUGGUGAAAUUCCCACCGGUGGACCUUUUGCAAAUAUCACGAGCCAAUCCUUCCUGUCCAAUGAUGCACUCUGUGGUGACUCCCGAUUUAACGUGAAACCAUGUCCUCCAAAAUAUACAAAGAAGUCAAGAAGAAAAAGAGUGCUUAUAGGUUUAUAUACUUUGUUAGGGAUAGGAUCACUCUUUGCGUUGAUCGUUGGAUGUGCGGUGUUAAGAUGGAGAAAGAUGAAAAAGAAUGUAGAUCAAGCUGAUUUGUCGCUCGUUAAAGAGCAUGAAAGAAUUUCUUAUUAUGAACUUGAACAAGCAACAGAAGGAUUCAGUGAAAGCAACUUGCUUGGUAAUGGGAGUUUCAGCAAGGUCUACAAAGGGAUACUUAAGGAUGGUACCAUUUUCGCAGCAAAGGUAUUCAAUGUACAGUUGGAGGGUGCAUUCAAAAGUUUUGAUACAGAAUGUGAGAUGUUGCGCAACCUCCGCCAUCGAAAUCUUACUAAAGUCAUCACUAGUUGCUCCAACCUUGAUUUCAAAGCCUUAGUAUUGGAAUACAUGCCGAAUGGAACACUUGAAAAAUGGUUAUAUUCUCAUAACUUUUUCUUAGACAUGAUGCAUAGAUUAGAUAUAAUGAUAGAUAUUGCAUCUGCGAUGGACUAUCUCCACAAUGGUUAUUCAACGCCUGUGGUGCAUUGCGACUUAAAACCAAGCAAUGUCUUGCUAGAUCAAGAAAUGGUUGGCCAUGUCAGUGAUUUUGGCAUCGCAAAAUUGUUGGAUGCAGGGGAGGAUUUUGUUCAAACACGUACAAUUGCAACCCUAGGAUAUAUCGCUCCAGAGUAUGGACAAGAUGGUAUAGUAUCCACGAGCUGCGAUGUUUAUAGUUUUGGCAUCCUGAUGAUGGAGACGUUUACAAGAAUGAGACCAAGUGAUGAUAUAUUUACCGGAGAAUUGAGCAUAAGAAGUUGGGUUAGCGAUUCUUUUCCAGGUGCAAUUCAUAAGGUGGUGGAUGCUAAUUUGGUACAUCCAGGGGAUGAACAAAGCGAUGCAAAGAUGCAGUGUCUGCUAUCUAUCAUGGAAUUAGCUUUGAGUUGCACUGUGAUGAUAUCUGAUGCAAGAAUUAGUAUGGAAGAGGCUCUUUCAACACUUACAAAGAUUAGGCUCCACUUUGUCAGUAGUUGCUGCUAG